AUGGGUCCAUCCUUCUAUGGUUCAGGAAAUGUCGAAUCGACCGAACAAAAGGGACCAAUUGUUCCUUCUGUGAUGAAUGCGUCGCCGGAGAUGGAAACAAGUACGCUACCCACUGGAAACCAGAUAACAGAAUCUGUUCAGAUCACUCACACUCUGCGGAAAUGGAGGAAUAUGCUAAUAAACAAGAUAGAUCUUGUGAGAGCCGAAUGGGAGACCCAAAAGAGUGCUGCUAGGAAUGAACUUGCCUCUGCUGAUGAAUACCUGCAAAAGAACGUCUUUACUGAUACUCACGAAAACCAGGAAUUGCUAGUUCCCUCUACGAUUCUGUCCCUCGGCGCCUUUUUCUCCGGUAGAGUGUUGAGCAACCCAUUGAAUUGGGGCAGCAAGAAGAAUAUCCUCGCAGGCCGGCCGUCACUGCUGGGCAAGGUCUGUACAAGCAUUCCAGCGAGACUACUACUUCCCAUUGCGCUAGCUAGCACCGUUUUCUACCAGCUGACUCCGGUGACUGCCGUCAACGUCGUCGAUACCAUACAGAAAGACGUGCUACCCAAGCCCGUCGUGGACGACUGUCGCCGGUUAUGGAAUGAAUACUAUGUGCAUGGCCUAGCUAAAGCGACACGUAGUUUGAGCACCAAUUGCAACGACCAAUUGCAGAAGGGCGUGAGAUUUGUAAGAGAAAGCAUAAACAAUGCCUUAAACUAA